ACUCAUGUCACGAGGUAAGCUCCUCUCGUCACUCACUCAUUAUUAAUACAGGAUUACUUGUAUUCUCAAUCCCAAACUCGCACACACACAAUACGCACCCCUCACAGAAAUACACGCACUGUCUGCUGGGGACCUUCACCUGUAGCAAAGCAGUCAAGUAUCUGUGAGCCACCAGCUGUAGUCUCAGGAGUUUCAUCCACUUUGAAUGUUGCGAGCCUGUGCAGGCCCGCUGCUCACUUUACUGCUGACAGAGGUUUUACCAGACAAGUGUUGGAUAUUCAUCAGAAGAGAAGAUACUACAGCUUUGUAACCCUUGUUUCAUGAAGAUGUUUCCUUGGUCCGCUGUUUUCUCCCUUGAGCCUAAAGUGCCCGGCCAGCGAACAACUGAGGAGCUGGUAACCAACACCCUGAUGCUGGAGCUUGGGGCCAUGGUGAAGCGCACUGAACGCAUCCGCUUGGAGAGGGCGACGGAGGGUCGUCGCCGCCGUCGCAGCUCUUCCUCUACAGCAGACUACAGCUGGCUGGCAACCACCCCGACCCCACAGCCCUAUGAGCUCACUCCCAAUGACCUGCUGGAGCUGCAAGACCUCUGUGCCAAAAUCCCUCCUGCACAGUGUGGGCCUGUGAUUGUCAGGUUCAGGAGGCUGGUGUCACAGAUGGAGCCCGAGGUUCACGAGGUUCCUCGGCUCUUUCGCUCAGUGCUGCGUGACUGUGCGGAUGAGGCGAACGGAAACGACGAGGUUCCGACCCAGGAAGUGGUGUUUGAGAAGCAGCAGCGCAGCAAAAGCCUCUCCUUUGUCACUUUCCGCACAAAAUUCCGCACGGGGCAUUUCCCAAAGGGCAGCAACUUGAGAGGCUCCAGGGGGAACCUGCAGCAGCAAGUUGAAUGGUCUGAUGAGGAGGAGGAUGGAGAAGGGGAGGAGGAAGCAAUUCAGGCCAGGACGAGGAAGGGAAGGAGUAAGAGCAUGCCAGAGAUCACCCCUAUAGAGCAGAGUGCUCAUGGGUGA